UUGAAACCAACACGUUCACCGUCCUACCUGUUCGUCUCCCACCUGGGUUCUAUGCCUCUGAGGAACUCUUCCCCGGCUGGAGAAGUAAAACUCUCAGACGUUUUCCGAUCUCCAACAGUCCCAAACUCGUCCUCGUCAACGUGUGAACUUGUCAGCGAAGCAGGCCUGGCGCGUCUUCGCCAUUGUCCUCUUGUUUUCAUUUCUCCGCUAACACGAGAAAAGGUCAGCCAUUCUUUCUUCCGAUAAAACGACUUGAGAACCUUAUUUUCCCCUUUGAAUGACGCUUUCGCUUUGAUUAACGAGACUCAUCAAUUCAAAUUAAUUCGUUUCCUUUCGUACAACUUGCAAGUUGAUUGAUCGACUCGAUAUUUUGUGAGAAAAGAGAGAUAGAUAUUUGUUUGAGGGAAGUUUAUAGAAGGAGUAUACAAGUUAGCGUAAUUAUUUGGUUUAGUCGAGUAAAUUCGAAAGUCGACGAAUUUUUCGGAAGAGAGAAGAAAUAGACCGUUUAGUGGGGUGUCGAUGUUCCGGUGGUGAAGUUCGUAGAAAAAGGCAAUCCGUGUGUGAACAUUGCUCGAUAAUCGAAGAGGAAGGAGGAUCGUUGACGCGAUGAGACGGAGUAACGUUCUGUGCUUUCUGUGGAUCACCACGAUCCUGAGGAUACAGGGUUUCGUUGCUGCUGAAGCUGACCCGGCGAUCCUCUCAGGGACUGAUUUAACUCAUUUUCAACAGAGUCAUCCAUCGAACGAUCCACGACCGCGUCUCUCAGCCUCCCAACAGGCCCAGAUAUUGAGCGAUGUUCAACAACACCAACAACGUUUCCGUCGACCCCAAGACGUAUCCAACCCUCGAGGCUCCUUUGACCAAAUUGCCUCCAAGCCGCAAACUAGCGCGUCUUACUCGUCACUGGCCAAAUAUAAAGUUGAUCGUGCGAAACAGCAACAACUUCAGCAGCUGUACCAGCAGCAGCAGCAGGUUCAGCAAUUGAUACAAGAACAGCAGCAAAAAAUCGCUCAACAACUCAGCAAUCCAAACUACUUGAAUACUCAGGCUCAAUUCCAGUCUCAGCCAGCGAAGCAGCAGCAACAGUUCCCGCAACAAUUCGGCAGCCAGUAUCAAAAUAUCAACAGCCAUUUUCAGAAUCUUCAGCAAGACCUGUCGCAGCCCUUGUUCAGCGAUCGACAAACGUUGCAGCUGCAGGAAUAUUUGGAGAAGCAACGCGAGUUGGAAUUGUUGCAGAAACAGAGGCAACAGUUACUAUUGGAACAGCAGGAGUUACGAAGACAGCAAGAACUUCUGAGGCUCCAACAGCUUCAGAAACUCACGUCGACGACUCCUCCACCACCUCCUGUCACUUCACCUAGUACCAUUGCUGUCAGCACUACGGCAUCUCCAGUUCUCGUGUCGUUGCCCACAAGAAAAAUCACUCCAUCUGAAACAGAUCUGUUCUUGAAGGCGAUAGCCACUCAUCAGAAGAAGUACUCCACGACCACGCCAAUCUCACCCACGACAACGACAACUCCAAGGAUCACAACGACCAGCAAACCGACCAUCGUCACGCCAGUCUCCUCCAAAGCUUAUCAAGAAAAAGCAACAGUCACUUCUGCUAUCCCCGAGAAUUUAUUGAGUUUGAUACAAGAGCAACAGAAUCAGUUUGCACAACAGGGUAAGCCGAAGCCUCAGAUCAAGGUUAUAUAUCAGACUGAGAAGCCAGGAACGUCGAGGAGUACCACGCCGAAGACCAGGUCUGCGUCCUUGGGGUCGGAAAGAGACGUUUUAUUGAAACAGCUGAAGCUAGCUUUGGCCCAGUCUGUCGACGACGACAUAAGAAACGUUAGCACAAGGGACAUAGUACUUCCCAAUGGGAAGAAAAUCCAGUUCAUCGAUUCCUCGAGCAGCUUGACGUCUAAUAUUCCUGCCGAUGGAUCGAUUUUAACUACGUCCACCUUGGCACUGACUACCUCGACGACGACUAUCAAGCCUCCAAAGGCCAUUCUUGAAGAAUUGACCAAGGGCGUGCUCCCUCCUGGGGCAGAUUUCGAAGUCAUCAGACAGAAGAGCGAUGGAAAGCUGGAGGAGAUUGGAAAGGCACCGAUUCAGAGUUUGCCAGCGAAAAAGGUGACGUUUGUAGUACUGGAGGAGCAACCUGAUGGCAGUUACAAGGUGCAAGGGGUGAAAGGGAACACAGAGAAGGAAGGCAGCGAGGUUGAGUCUAUCGUGGAGAAGAUUAAGAAAGGAGAACUGAAGUUGCCACCGAGUUCCUCGAAUCCGACCACUCUGUCUUCUCUUCAGAGUUUCCCGUCCAGUUUGGAUCCAAAUUCGAUCUCAACGAGACAGGGUGUUGCGUCCACAACUUCUAGAUCGACCGCACCGAGAUCUACUUCUAUUUCCUCGAGAUAUACGGAGAGCAAACCAACGGAACAUUUCCCUCACGUGACAGUUUCACCAAAUUCCGUAUCCACGACGGACAAGUACUUGUCCUCAGCGUCGAGUGUCACCAAUCACGUGUUCAAUUCACUCGGACCCGUGAGCACAAGCACCCCUAAGUUGACCUCCUCGGAUCAGGAUAAUCGAGCAACAUCGAAAUAUCCAAGUGUAACGAGAAAUCACUUCAUCCCAACGAUGGCCCCGGUUAAUGAAAUCAUCACGACAACACCUGCGUCGGUGCCGACAACUUUCUCGCAUCAGUCGACCAAUUCUUACAUUCACCUCACCGUCAGGCCACCCGGUGAAACUUCGCCGACCCUCAAGACCACCACGAGACCAUCGACCACCUUACAUAACGACAAUAUAAUCUACCAGGACAGUUUCGAAAGGUCCACCAUCUCACCGACCAUCGAAUCACCUUCCACCAGAAGUCAAACACACGAAAGUCUGAUCACGUUGCUUAGGAGGGAAGGAUUGUUUGCCAUGGCGAAAUAUUUAAGGCAAUCGGGUUUGGACAACGUGCUGAACGAAACUGGUCCGUACACGAUAUUUGUCCCGACAGACAAGGCUUUCAGAACGUUGUUGGUACAACUUGGUGGUCCAGAGAAGGCAGAACAAAAAUUCCGAGAUAAUCCACGACUUCUUAGCGGGCUUUUGCUGCACCAUGUGAUACCAGGAGCCUUCAGAAUCAAUUCGUUGCAAGAUGAAAUGACUGGCGUCAGUUUAGCUGGAACGCAAUUAAGAGUGAAUGAAUACGCAAUGCACGACCAUGAAUGGAACGAUAUCAAGGUGACAACGAUAAAUGGUGCAAAAGUGGCAUCGACUAAACGAGACAUCGAGAUACCACAAGGCAUCGCUCAUGCCAUUGAUAGGGUGAUGUUUCCCCUUCCGGUUGGCGAUUUGGUGCAAACAUUGCAAGCUGAUCGCGAAAGAAGAUUCACUACUUUCCUAAAGAUGCUUUAUACUUCAGGUCUUCAAGAUACUUUAGCAGGACCCAAAACUUUCACCGUUUUCGCUCCAACAGACUCCGCUUUCGAAUCAUUUUCGAAAGACGGAGCACCGGUUUGGACAGAAGAAGAUGGGCCAGAAGCUGCAAAAACGAUUAUCUCGAGACACGUAAUUCCAUCCACUCUGUACACGGCAGGUAUGAGGUACUAUUUGCAAAAAGAUACUCUUCGUCCACAGUCGCCUAUUCAUAUUCACAAAAAUGGCGGUCGAGUACGAGUGAACGAAGUACAUGUCGUAACGCAUAACAUACCGGCAACAAAUGGAGUUUUGCACGCAAUUGACGGUAUACUGUAACCAGUGCAACACUGGUCAAAUCGUUGAAAAGUAAUGAGUUUUAUGAGAAAAUGUGUUCGCAAUGCACGAAAAAUAUUUAUAUAUUUAUUAUUUCUUUGCGAUUUGCUAGAAGAAAAUAUAAUAAUAUUAUUAAGUCAAUACUACGUAAUAAUUUAACAUAAUUAAUGAAAAAUAUAAUAAACUAACAAUCAUUUUAUGUUUAGAAACCUUUGACUUUUUUUCAGUGAAAACGGAAAAAAAAACUUUUUGACUCUUAGUUGCAGUAAAUCGCAAAGAGUUAAAAUAUUUGUUUUAAAAAAAACUGCAAUUAUCUUUGGAAAAGGAGGAAAGAUAAAUCGACGAAUAUUAUCAAGUUCAACAUAAGGAUAAAUCGAUACGAUUUGCCAUAAAUGUUGCAAAACUGCAUAAAUAUAACGGGGGUCUCUUUUAAAAUAUAUUAAUAUAGAAAGAUUAAUUUAUAUAACAUAGAUGCGUGUUGAUCGUUCGUUGCUACCUAAGGUACAUAAUACGUAAGUGUACCUAAGUACGAGAAAUUAAUUGUCGAAUUGUAUAGAAUGGUAACAUAAUACCACGAUUAGUAUUAUUGUAGUAUGUAUUACUUUAUAAAUAAAUGUACAGUAUGUUUUUUCAUAA